AUGGCAUCCACAUCCGCGCAGUCAGAAUGGCUCGUCAUAAUCCCCGACUAUCCUGGCACGGUGGACAAGCGUCUUGAGGUUCGAGGAAUCCACCUGGCAAACACUAAACCCCUGCGGGAGUCUGGUGUCCUGAAGUCUGGAGGCGCAAUCGUGGACGACAUUCCGUCUAACCCAGCUGAUCCCACUACGUAUAAGUUUGCUGGCAGCACUCUCACUGUCGUGGCGGAGUCGCGCAACGAUGUUGUUGAUCUGAUCAAGAAAGACAUUUACACGGAGAAGGGCGUGUGGGAUGUUGAAAAGGCUCAAAUCUAUUGGCUGAAAUCUGCUUUCCGUGAUCCUUGA